AUGAGUCAAUCAGAUCCAAGGAUAUCUAACGUAGAAGUUGAACGUCGUCCUCCUUGUGAUCGUGUAGCUCUCUCUAAUUGGGAGCAGAGACAUUCUGCAAUAUUACCAGAAGAUUUGCCUGAUGAAAUUCUACCGGUUGGAUCAAUAAGAGUUAAUUCUCUAAACGAUUUAGUUUUAACUCCCGCUCUUAAAGACUUGUUAGAUUUUUCACUGACUCGUCAAAAUGCAGGCCCACGUCCAGUAUUAAAUACCAAAAGUAAAGUUUUUGAGUUAGACAACUGUCGGAACAUAGGAAAAGUAUGCUUAAUAUACACCGGUGGUUCGUGGUCAGUAUGGCUCGCGACAAGGGAAGGGGCUUGGGGCUGGUUGGCGGAUUCGUUCACUCAUUAUUUUAGAAUGGCGCUCGUACACCUCGGACUACCAGGCUGGCAAGCUGCAUUUGCAAAUCUUCCUCUCAUACCAUGGGCAGAGCAAAUUUUUCUUUUACUUGCACCACAUCUGUUGGAUAAAACCGACACUGAAAACAACGUGGUCUCAGUGACCAGCGAGGCUGGCCUCAACCACAUUGAUCCCAACAUAUUUAAAACUUCUGUGCGUCAUCACAAAAACACUUCGAGACCAUCAAAC